AAUAAAUGUUUUACAUGCACUACCAACUUUGUGUAAUAUCUGACAAUUCUGUACUUGUAUAGUAUAAGCAAACACAAGGGUUUCAUUUCAUCACUUCACUUAUAAAUUCUCUCUAGUUUUCCUCUGCAAUUGUUGUUCUUCUUUUCAGUCUAAAGCUUGUUUUCUUGCUGAGCAAAGGAUAAGAAUGGCAUCAGAGUUGAUUUCUACAGAGGAAGUGGUGAAUACAUUGCUGGAAAACUUAGUUGGUCCUCUGUUGCCUUUGAGAACAUCCGCCGUUAAGGAAGCUCCCUCUCUUUCUCAGCAGCAAUCUGUAGCCAAACAGUUGCAUGCUGUUGUGUUGCUUUACAACUACUACCAGAGGAAGCAAAAUCCACAGGCACAAUUUUUAGAUUUUGAGUCAUUUUGCAAGUUGGCCAUGGCUCUGAGGCCAGUGUUGGUGUCAUAUAUGAAGUUUACGAAUCAAUCCAAUACAACUGGCUCCAAGGACAUGGACAAUGAUCUCUCGGUGACUGAAAAAGCAAUCCAAGAUGCUUGCAACAUAUCUUGGGCUUUGGAUGCAUCAAAAGAUGUUCCGUCUAUGAACAAAUGGCUAAUUGCAAAAGUAUCUGUCCUACUACUAGACUCUAAGAAAGAAAAUUGUUGGCUGCUUUUUGGUUCUGUUACUGAAGGGGUCUGGUCUCUCCUCGAAAAAUGCCUUGACCUUCCCACUGCUGAAAUAGAAGGUGAGGUGGAGACAAAACAUCUACACAAAAAGAAGCGAACCAACAUAAGACCAGUGACAGUAGAGCAAAAAGACGAUGACUCUGGCUUUCAGCAGCUUGCAUUUAUAGCUGUCAAGGAUGCGACAGGUAUUUCUCGGUCUGACCUUAUGGUUUUGGAGGAGCAUGUGGUGUAUUCACUAACUAAAGAGAAGACAGCGUCUUGCUUUUACAUCAUGCAAUGUACCCAAUCAACCAAUCAGGACAAUCAAAAUCCUGUCAAGGAGACUCUCAAGAGUUUACAGGGCCCACUGGUGAAAAGGAGUUCUGGUGGUUGGUCCACUACAGAAGUAGUUGAGCACUUUCAUCUGCUUCCCUAUGCCAGUAUCAUGUCAGCCUUUUUUCCGAGAGAAGUUUCUCGUGUGGAGGGCUCAAAUACCAGAAGCCGUGAGGAUAUAGCGGACAAUUGUGAAAAAGAAGUUUCUGAGAGCAGAAUCUCAUUGUUUGAUCAAAACGUGGGCAACGUAAGCAUCAUGAGUGCUAAAGGUUCACACAGUGCUUGCAGUAUUUUGGUCAAUGACAAUAAUGACAGAAAUGCCAACCCUGCAGACUCUUUUAGUGCAGAGGUUGUUGCCAAUAACAGUUGUGCAAAGAAUACAGGGUACCAGAAAGAUUUUGUGAAGGAAAAUGAUGUGCACCAUGAAAGAGUGAGUGCCUAUGGGAGUUUUAGUGGUGAAGCCAAAGAGGCAAGUGCUAGUAAAGGAUGGCAGAGCAUAGGGGAAAAGAUAGAAAAGAUGGAAACAAAGACACCUAAUGAAAGCUUAGUUGGAACCAAGUCAGACUGUAUAAACCUAGAAAUUUCAGAGGCAAAAGACGGUGAUGGUCCCCUUGAAAAAGUUAGUCAUCCUGCAGUUGGUCAAGAAGCAACUGCAGUAGAUGGCUCCCAUAGGAUAAGGAAAAGUGAAGAAGCUGGAAGAGAUGGUUCAACUAGAAAUAAAGAAAUUGUAGAUUUCAGUGGUGAUAAGCUAACUGGUGUCAACUUGGAAUGUUUAAAUGAAACAAGUAACAAGGUACACCAUGAAAAUAUCCGAGACAAUGAAGAUUCAACUGCGAAAGAACCGUGUGCUAACAUCAACCGCCCAAGGACACUAGAAGAGAAAGCUGAGGAGCUGGUGAAAUCCACUAAAAGCUGUGAAAUCAAUGAUUUUAAUGAUAAAGAGUUAGCUGGUGCUCGUCGUAAACCUUUGGAGGUGCAAAUGAAUGAUGGUUAUUCUAGUUCUCCUACCAGGCCUCAGAGGAUGGAUAUUGAUGCAUGUAUUCCCUUCUCCAAAAAUGGAAAUAACAGUAAGGAUUGUAAGCUUACCACAGAAGUUUAUCAGCACCAGAACAAGAGGAUGAGGGAGAGUGGUGGAGAAAUCAUUGGAAGUGGCGUAAUUUGCAAGGCACCAAGAACUGAUGAGGGGAAGGCUGAUAAGGAGCGUGGCCUUUCCGCUACCUCACCCAAUCAAAAUGGGAUUUCUGUGGCACAUACUGCACUUGUUCCUCACAAGCAUGAAUCUAUGGAUAUAGGCGAUUUACCAACUGUUUUGGCUUCAAAAGAGAAGGCUUUGACACAAAUUUCCCUUGACAUUCUUCUUCAUAAACGAGAGAAACUGUAUCAUCAACAACUUAAAAUAGGAGAUGAAAUGGCAUUAUGUGAUAAAAGUAUUCAAAGAAUCUUUGAAGGUGGCAAAGACAAUUUGCCUCUAAAACUAGAUACAGUAUUGGACUUCUCUGAAGAAAUGCGCUUGAAGGAUAGAGCUGCUAUCCAAGAAGGCCAUCAACCUGACGAAGAGCUUGGCUUGCUUCAAUCUAUGAGUGAAAGGAAAUUGUCCAAAGCUGUACGCACUCCAAGACGUGCAUGCCAGGACUUGUAUCAAAUUUGUUGUGUGAAUAACUGGAUGGUUCCAUCAUAUAGUCAGUCAGCAACAGAUGGUGGAUUUAAUGCUAUAGUUACUGUAAGGGGGCCUAAAUUUCUUUGCUCUUGUGAGAGUGAUCUGCAGCCCAGCACCUCUGAAGCACGCGAGUCGGCUGCAUUUCAGAUGAUUACCAAUCUACAGCCAAAAGCGGACAACACCCAUUAGAUUGCAUGAUAGCAAGGAAACAUGAACACCCAACAUUUUCAAAUCCUAUUAAUGGUGACCAUACUAUUAAUUCCAUAGUACUGUAUUGAUUUCAUUGUUGUCCAGAAGCAAUUUAUAUGUGCCUUUGAGCUGAAAUUUCUUAGAAUUUCAGUUGUUUGCAUCACAUAUUGGUGCUUUGAACAUUUAUUAAGGCCAAAUUCACAGACGACCCCUUGAAGUUGGCUUUAGUUUUCAUUUGAACACCUCAA